AUGGAUUAUCAUGCGAUUCAUGGUUAUGACAGAGCGAGCUUUGACACACCAAGCACACACCGAUUACCAACAGUAUCAGCUUCGCAGGCCCUUGAUGACCUUGGAUGCGACGCGUCAACUCACGUAUCGACUGGACUUAAAGGUCUGGACCGUUCACUCCUUGGCCCUGUAACUGUUGACUCUCAAGAUGGCGCAAUUAAGGGUGGUGUUCAACGAGGCCAAGUGACAGAGAUCUGGGGACCCCCAGGUUCCGGCAAGACAGCUUUGGGGUAUUUCUACUCUCCUGCGAAUGCACUAUGUGAUGGUGAUGCAGUAGUAUGGAUAGAUUGCUUUCAGGCUCUGCAACAAGACAGGCUGAGAACGGUAACAAAAGCUACCCAAGCUCGUCGAAAUGCUUCAUUUUCCACGGGAAUCGAGGCAGCACCAGCUAAGGAGAUUGAUGCUACUCAAUUCUACCAGUACUCCUGUUUCACACUUCCUCAUUUGAUUUCUCUCGUGUCAAGACCUACGACUAAGCUGAUACCCACAAACACUUCGCUCGUAAUAAUCAGUUCCUUCUCAGCACUGGUCAAUUCUGCUUUGCCCAAAUCCAAUGACGGCAAGUCUACAUCCAAAGGGAGCAAGGGUCUUAGUCCAUUAGUGAAACGCAGGCAGGCAUUGCAAUCAUUAAUGAGCUCAUUUCACAAACUCGCUGCGACUAGGAAUUGCGCGAUUGUUGUUCUGUCUCAAUGUGCAACCAAAAUGCAUUCAGAGAGGGGUGCAACACUCACAGCCGCGAUCAAUGCCAACGUAUGGGAACAGGGCGUUUCAACCAGACUUGUCACGUUUCGGGAUUGGGUCUGGCAGGAAAGCAGCCUCACGAGCGUCUUCCUCGCAGGCCUGCAGAAGGUGGAUGGCAGAGCAUGCCAGGAGGCUGUGGAGAACAUUGUCGCAUUUAAAGUGGAGUUGGACGGUGCGACCCAGGUUCCCUAUGAAGCGUUGCAGUCUUUUGAAUUAGCCCGACAUAAGCGAAAGCUUGGGGAGACCGAACUCGAGGUACCUGACAGCGAAGACGACGAGGAUUACGGAUGGGCAGAUGAAGACGAAGCGGCCAUGCCGGCGCCGCCACCCCAGUGGCAAGGCAGCGAAGACCUCAUCUUAGGCCAAGACGUCGGGCACAGCGAAGAAGAGAAUAGCGAGCAAGAGGAGCCUGGCACCGACGAUGAAUCGAACACGAAAUGA